CCAUUUCUCGUGUUGCAAGUGAACACAGUAGUUAAUUUGGAACUAUUAUACACCUCACCAAAAAUCAAGAUCUGUGCGAGGCCGGUGUCUCAGUGAGUGUGAAUCAAGGGUAAAAUAGUAAUGCCGUCUGACGCUGCUGAAGAGACGCUGCUGGGAACGCCAAAGGCGGCGCCGGCAGCUGGACUGUCUGGAGCGCAAAUUGGGUUGAUAUUAGUCGUAGUGACUCUUCUUGGGGUUGUCGUGAUUGUCUUAGCUGUCGUAUUGACUAAGGAAGGUUCAACAUCUUCACCCUGUGACGUGAAUAAUGGAGGUUGUGAAGAUAUUUGUGACGAAGUAACGGGCAAUUGCUCAUGUUCAGCAGGCUCAUACCUUCACGAUAACGGACUAAAUUGCACUGUUUCAGGAUUAUCGUGUAAUAUUACAAAUGGUGGUUGUGCACACAUAUGCGAAUCGCUGGCGAACGAUACCAUCAUAUGCUCCUGUUAUGAUGGGUACUUGUUAGAAGAAGAUGAAAAGAACUGCACAGAUAUCAACGAGUGUGACGUAGAGAACGGGGGUUGUGAACAUAACUGCAUCAAUCUUGAAGGAUCAUUCAACUGUACAUGUUAUGAAGGUUAUGAACUGGACGAGGAUGGUUUCUCCUGCAACGAUAUAGACGAGUGUCUUGAUGAUAAUGGUGGAUGUCAACACGAAUGCACUAAUUUAGUUGGCUCCUUUGAGUGCUCGUGUUAUGAUGGAUACCUAGUAAAUACUUUGGAACACUUUACAUGUGAUGAUAUUGAUGAGUGUGCAACUGAUAAUGGAGGAUGCAGUCAGCGAUGUGUCAACUCAUUAGGAUCAUUCCAGUGUAGAUGUUACCCAGGGUAUGAGUUAAUUGAUGAUAACACUUGUGUAGACAUUAACGAGUGCGAGGACAACAAUGGUAUGUGUGAUCACAUAUGUAUCAACAAUGGUGGCUCAUAUAGUUGUGCUUGUUAUGCUGGAUAUGUACUCAAAGAAGAUGGGCACACCUGUAUUGAUAUUGAUGAAUGUGGAGAGGAUGAUCAUCAUUGUGAUCACAUCUGUAUUGACAUGAUGGGUCACUAUGAAUGCGCCUGUGAGUUUGGAUAUCAAUUACAAGCGGACGGGAAAAGUUGUCAUGAUGUUGACGAAUGUGUCAUUGACAAUGGAAGAUGUGACCAUGUGUGUAUUAAUACAGAUGGCUCCUAUCAAUGUGGUUGUCGACCUAGAUACCACCUCUAUGAGGACGGAGCCACAUGCAUUGAGGAUGAUUUGUGUGAAACUGACAAUGGCGGUUGUGAACAAGUGUGUUUGCACGUGGACGAACAUGUAAUAUGCUCGUGUUAUCCGGGAUAUUUGAUGGACCAUGAAACUCAAUUAUGUGUUGAUGUAGAUGAGUGUGAACAUGACAAUGGAGGAUGUAGUCAUUACUGUGAAAACACUGUUGGAUCGUUCAUCUGUUCAUGCGAUGAAGGGUAUGAAAUUGGUCCAGACGGAAGAACAUGCGUUGAUAUUGACGAGUGUGCACUUGGUACUGACAAUUGUGAACAAAUCUGUCACAAUACCGAUGGGUCGUUCACAUGUUCGUGCUAUCCUGGAUAUACAUUGGAUCCGAAUGGAUACACCUGUUCAGAUGUUGAUGAAUGCUUGGAAAACAAUGGAGGAUGUUCACAUCAUUGUGAAAACACCGUUGGUACAUUUGUUUGUGGAUGUCCAGAUGGAUAUAUUUUGAUCGAUGACCAAAACACGUGCGUCGAUGUCAAUGAAUGUUUGGAUGACAAUGGUGGAUGUCAGCAAAUAUGCGUAAAUACAGUUGGAUCAUAUAAUUGUGAUUGUGAAGAAGGGUUUGUGUUGAAUGACGAUGGUGCAACAUGUUCUGACGUAAACGAGUGCGAUGAGGAAAAUGGUGGUUGUGAAGAAUUGUGUAUAAACACAGUGGGGUCGUACGAAUGUGCGUGUAUUGAGGGAUAUGAACUGAAUGAUGAUGGUCACUCAUGCACUGAUAUUAACGAGUGUCUCGUUGAUAACGGAGGUUGUCCUCAUACUUGUCAGAAUACUGAUGGGUCUUUUGCAUGUGGGUGUGCAGAAGGAUUUGUAAUGUCCGAGGAAGAAGAGUGCAUUGAUAUCGACGAAUGUGCUGUAGACAAUGCAGGCUGUGAGCAUAGCUGUGUAAAUACAUACGGAUCUUUCGUAUGUGGAUGUCCACCCGGUUUCAUACUUAGUCACGAUCUGGAGUCCUGCAUUGAUAAAAACGAAUGUGAGCAGCAUAAUGGUGGUUGUGCGCAUGCGUGUACCAACACUGAAGGUACUUUUGUAUGUACCUGUCGCAAAGGGUAUACGCUAAGUGCAGAUGAACGUGCCUGUUCCGAUAUAAACGAAUGCGCCGACGGAAACGGAGGAUGUCCCCAUUACUGCCACAAUACUGCGGGUUCAUUUACUUGUGGCUGUGAAAGCGGUUAUGUUCAAGAUCGCCAUGGUACUUCGUGCAUUGACUAUGACGAAUGCCGUUUCAGAAACGGUGGUUGUGACCAAAUAUGUGAGAACAUCAUUGGCUCGUUUAUUUGCUUCUGUUUCACUGGUUAUGUAAUCGGAGACGAUGGUGAAAGCUGCAAUGAUAUCAAUGAGUGUGGUAUUCAUAAUGGUGGUUGUGAACAUCGAUGUGAAAAUACGAUUGGGUCAUAUAUUUGUUCGUGUAAUCCUGGCUAUGUAAUUAAUGAAGAUGGGCACACGUGUUCUGGGAAUUCCCUUAUUUCUUAUAGCGUAUUUCGUUUGACAAAUCAAAAUGAUUGUGGCAAAUAUAACGGAGGAUGUGAACACUUGUGUAAAAAUGCGGGAUUGUUUGUGACAUGCUUUUGUCAACCUGGCUAUACACUGAAUUUGGAUAGCAAAACAUGCUCAGACAACGACGAGUGUACUAAUAACAACGGAGACUGUGACCAUGACUGCCUUAAUAUUAAAGGGUCAUUCAGAUGUGAGUGUAGACAUGGUUAUAUAAUUGAUGGAGAUGGACAUUCAUGCAAUGACAUCAAUGAAUGUGAUGAUAUGAAUGGUGGUUGUGAACAUAGCUGUGAAAAUACACGUGGGUCGUAUCACUGUUGGUGUGCUACUGGUUUCUUGUUAGCAAGAGAUGACAAAAGCUGUGAUUACAUGGGAUGCAAUAUGGAACUAGAUAUUUUAUAUGACUCCAGAAAAAAAGAUAUCAUCAAGGAUGGAAAACUCAAUAAAAAGUCACGCCAGAAGAAUGUUGUUAUGAUUGUACAGAAACCCCUGGGUGUACAAUCUGGACAUGGGCUGAACAUGACAAUAGAUGUGACCUUAAGAAAGGAGUGCUAA